CAAUAGUGCAAAAUUUUAAUACAAAUUAUAAAUAAUGCAUUCAGCUGCAAAAAAGAAAGUUGAAGUUGGUAAUUCGCGAAGUGCAUCGGGAGCGGCUGGUGAUAAAGUCUCCAGACUUCGAGGAAAAGCGCUAAAUCGUGCUUCUAGCAAACAAGCUAAAUCAUCGGGCGCCGAAGCUGGUGGUGGCGAUGCCGAUGAUUUCGAUGCUUGGGUAAAAUCGCGUCAACUUUUAAAACCUGAAGAUCAACUAGAUUUAACUGAGGCCGAAUUAGGAGAGGAGAUUACAAAAGUUUUAACACCCACCAACACCAAUGUGAUACACAAUUUGGUGGUGUAUAGUUUCAAAGAUGAAGCCUUUGUACCGAUACCUCCCGCCGGCAAUACGGUUACAUUGCUUAGAUAUGAGGGAACCUCAUUGCAUAUAGAUUCUGAAGAGGCAAAAAUUCAAAUGGAUGAAAGUGGGGAAAUAGGUUAUCCUUUGCCAGCACCUCGUUAUUCCGUGGUAGAGAUAGAAGCUCCUCGAAAAUCCGUAGGUAGUACUGAAGGUGACGGGGGAGAAGGCGAGGAAGGAGCUGAUAAUGCUGAGGCCGCAGAGGGCGAAGAGGAAGUGGGAGAAGAAGAGGAAGAAGGGCGAGAAGAUGCAGAGGAGGGUGAUUUAGCUGAAAAAGAAGGUGAAGAAGUAACGGAAGUAGCAACAGCAGCAGCUGCUGCUCCAACGUCUGGUAAAAAACGUAAACUCAUAAAUCAGUUUAAUUUUUGCGAAAGAGCUGCUCUAACAUUUAGUAAUCCAAAAAGGAAUGUUGAAACCCAAACUAUACCACCACCACGCUCACAAUAUGGUGCCAAUGUGUUGCAGUGGGUCAUCUAUGACAGCUAUAUGGAGGACUUUGAGAAGCAGCAAAAGGAAAAAGACAAAAAAGAAGACAAGAAAGCUCAUCGCAAGGAUGACAGCAAAGGAGCCAAACAAGAUGUGCGCACCCUAAUGGCAGAGGAAAUCAAUAAGAAAUAUUUGAAAUCUUGGCAAAUAUUGGAAAGAAUGAUUAAUCAAAAUAUUUAUAGAGAUAUAGCGCAUGAUUAUCGCUACUGGGAAGAUCCAGCUGAUGAAUAUCGUGAGGCGGAGGGUACUUUGUUGCCCUUGUGGAAGUUCAACUAUGAACGUACCAAAAAAAUGAGCGUAACCGAUGUUAUGUUUAAUCCGUAUUAUUAUGAUUUAUUUGCGGUGUGCUUAGGAUCACAUGAUUUUAUGAAACAGCCAAGUGAGGGUGCAAUUUGUUUAUUCACUUGUAAAAAUCCCUCAUAUCCUGAUUAUAUUAUCAUGACCGAAAGUGGUGUUAUGUGUUGUGAUAUUCAUCCAAAGUAUCCGUUUCUAAUUGCAAUUGGUCUGUAUGAUGGCAAUGUGGCGGUCUAUAAUCUAAAGGAUAAUUAUAAAGAACCUUUGUACUUUUCCGAUGGAGUCAAUGCCAAGCAUAUUGAAUGUGUAUGGGAGAUAAAAUGGGGUCCCGACAUGGCUGAUGGUGAAAUAAAUUUCUAUUCGGUUUCUUCUGGAGGCCGAGCCUUAAACUGGGUACUAAUGCAAAAUAAACUAAUGGUGACAACGAUAAUUACAUUGUUUCUGGAAUAUGGUCUGGUGGCAGGACCAGAUGGUACAGAAUUACGUUUAAAAAGUUGUGGUUCUUGCAUGAAAUUUCAUCCACAAGAUAAGGAAAUUUUUCUGGUGGGCACCGAAGAAGGCUGCAUAUAUAAAUGUAGCAUAGCCUACAGUUCGAAAUACUUGAUGACCUAUCGAGCCCAUAAUCUAUCCGUUUACAGAAUUGACUUUAAUCGUUAUAACUCCAAUAUAUUCAUAACAUGCAGUGGUGACUGGCGUGUUAAAAUCUGGGAGGAUAUGAGACCGGAACCAUUGUUUAUAUUCGAUUUAGGUUCAGCAGUGGGCGAUGUUAAAUGGGCGCCUUAUUCCAGUACUGUAUUUGCAGCCGUUACCAAUGAGGGAAAGGUUUAUGUAUUCGAUUUGAAUGUUAACAAAUACAAAGCCAUUUGUAUUCAAGCAGUGGUGCCGAAACGUAAAAAUAAAUUAACACGUUUGGCUUUCAACGAGAAGUUGCCAUUUAUAAUAGUGGGCGAUGAUAAGGGCACCGUUACUUCUUUGAAACUGUCACCCAAUUUACGUUUAAUGGUUAAACCACCCAAAAAGCAAAUGUAUUUGGAUCAAACUACUUUACAAAUUCAAAAACUGGAAAAGUUAUUGUCUUUAGUACGUGAAUUACCCGAAGGUGCUAUUGUCAAGGAUACCACAACAACUGUGCAAAGUUAAAGGGUGCAAUAAAAUAGUUAUUGGAAAUUAUUUAGACAGCUUUUUUUUAUUAAG